GAUGGGUUGACCUGGUCGCAGCCUAGCCCCCGAUAUUCCUAACUUCACUCUUUCACACUCGUCAGCACAGGCAUCUCUCAGCAUGAAUCUCUCUUGGCUGCUUUGUUUUCAUCUCCUCAUCACCGCCGUUAGUUCAGAUGUCGGCGAGAAUGGGCAAUACGUCCUCCAAAAGGCUGGCCGCGAUGUCAUUCGGCCGAAGGUAUUCAUCUUGAGCACUUUCGCGCCAGAAGCCAAUGCGUGGUACCAAGGGUCUUCUCUCGACUUGUUCGCAAACAACAUCACCAUCCCUGGACUUUCGCCCAUUUGGCCCGACGUCCAUUGUGAUUCGGGAGGCGAGGUUUGCCAACUGACCACGGGUUUAGGAGUCGUCAACGCGGCCGCAUCUCUGACAGUCUUGUGGUCGUCUCCGCGCUUCGACCUGCGAAAGACCUACUUCCUCAUCGCCGCCAUUGCCGGGAUCAAUCCCCAUGAGGCAACCAUUACGUCCGUCACGUUUGCGCCGUACGUUGUCACUCUCGACACGCAGUACGCCGCUUCAGCCUUGGAAAUUCCCAACAACUACUCCUCCGGCUGGCUACCUCUGAGAUCGGAACUGCCAGACACAACAGAUCCCGCUGCCUAUCCAACGCUGAUCUUCGGCUGGGAGGCAUUCGAGCUGAAUGCAAAGCUCAUGCGCCGCGCCAUGGCCGCCGCUCGUAAAGCCAAAUUAGAAGACACCCCGGCCACCAAAGUGUAUCGAGCGCUAUACGACUACGCCCCAGCGAACGAACCACCGGGCAUCGUCUCCUGCGUAAGCGGAGCAAGCAACGCCUACUGGGCAGGCCACGCAUACGGCGAAGCCUUCCAAAACUACACUCGCCUCAUGACAAACGGCUCGGGGACGUACUGCGCUACCAACACCGAGGACAGCGGCAUUCACGAAGCCCUUGUUCGAGGCCAUGUAGCUGGGAAGCUGGACUACAGUCGGGUUAUCAAUAUGCGGACGGCGAGUAAUUUUGAUCGUCCGCCGCCUGGCGUUGGGGCGCUGUCUCAAUUGCUUUACCGGAAUCAGGGCGGGCAUGAGCCUGCUUUGAAGAAUAUUUACCUUGCUGGGAUUGAAGUUGUGAGGGAUGUUGUUGACAAUUGGAAUGGUAUUUUCGAGGGGGGCAUUAAGCCGGACAACUACAUCGGUGACAUGUUCGGGUCUAUCAAAAAUCAGGCCGCACCUCGUGAUCUUGGGUGA